AUUUCAUAGCGACUUUUGAAUAUGCGCUUGAAUCACGGUCAAGACAAUCUAAACAUGACCAUGAGACUGUAAAACGAGUUUUCAACGAGAUUCAGCCUGACGGCAUCCCCUCUCCGAUUUUUUUUUUUUUACGACAAGCCAUGACGUAAGCCGACGGUAGCUAUCUGUGACCAUUUUAUCCGCAACACACUCAAAACCUUGAACUGAAGUCACUUAGCUCUGAAAUAAUUGGCUUUGAAGUAAUUCUCUUGAAAUGUCUUUUAUUAGACACAUUAUCCGCAGACAUAGUAUUCGUUUUGUCCAAAGUUCCACAGUCAUUCAUCGCCAUCUUGUAGCUCACUGCUGACAUGGACACAGUUCCCGACGAUAAUUUUUUUUUCGACGUGGGCACCAGAAUUUUUGCCGUGAAGAGUACAAGCCACGUGCUGCGUUCUCUGUUUGUCCUCAGACUUUGCUCCUACGAUAUUGUGGCAAGAAAAAGUUUGGUGCUUAUGUCUUUUGGUCAAAAGGUGCUUGGAAAAACUUUGUUUGAAUUUGUACUGCGUAAAACCAUGUAUAGCCAGUUUGUGGCUGGAGAGACUCUACCAGCUAUACAGAACACAAUUAGAGAGCUGGGUGAAUGUGGAAUAGGAACAAUGUUAUGUGUACCUAAUGAAGAAGAUCUUUCAACUGAUUACAAUAACUUUAAAGAAAGAGAAGCUAUGUUUGAUAGAAAUGCAAAUGCCAUUCUUGACUGCAUUGAAAAGACAGCAGAGGGAGGCUUUUCGCAAAUGAAAAUGACAGCCAUAUGCAGCCCAAUGCUACUGAAUGAGUUGAACAAGCACUUAGCACCAUAUGAAUCAAGUACAGAGGCACCUAAAGGACUUGAUAUUCCAAGCUUUGCACAGGGGUUUGACAACAAGAUAAAUUUGCCUGUUUUAAAUGACAAUCAAAAUGAGCACCUUGUCAAUGUACUGAAAAGACAAGACAAAUUUGCUGAGACAUGUAUAAAUCGCAAUGUGCGAUUGGUUAUUGAUGCAGAGCAGACAUAUCUGCAGGCAGCAAUCAAUCAGUUGGUGUUAGCCCUUCAGUAUAAAUACAACAAAAACAACCCUUGGGUCUACAACACCUAUCAGUGCUACAGAAAGGACACCUAUGACAGAGUGGUGGCAAAUUUGGAAUUGAUGGAAAGACUGGGUUUCCACUUUGGUGCCAAGAUUGUUCGUGGUGCAUACAUGACAAUGGAGAGGAAUCUUGCAGCAGCUAUGGGGUACGAUGACCCAAUACAUAACAGCUACGAAGACACCUGUAGAAUGUAUGAGCAGGUGGCAGACACUUUGUUACACCUGGCAAGUCGGACUCCCGCAGAAGUCAUGGUAGCCACUCAUAAUGAAGAAUCAGUCAAACUUGUUGUCCAAAGAAUGAAGGAACUUGGCAUUGCACAGGAUGGAAGGAAGAUUUCAUUUGGACAACUGUAUGGGAUGUGUGACCAGGUCUCUUUCUUGUUGGGGCAGAAAGGCUUCAAUGUGUACAAGUCAGUACCCUAUGGCCCUGUAGGUGAAGCACUUGCUUAUCUUGGGCGCAGAGCAACUGAGAACAGGGAUGUUAUCAAACGAACAGAAAAGGAAAGAUCUCUCUUGUGGCAAGAGCUAAGGAGAAGAAUUACUUCCCCAACUCAUUAAUGUGAACACUAUCUUCAGACUUAUUUGAUCAAUUCCUUGGCAUGCAAGGCAGUCUUUUGAAGGCAGCAGGGCAUAAUCAACACAUUUUUUCAAUAAAUGAGACAAUAGUUGGCAAGGAAGUAAAAUCAAAAAUGGCAUGGGUGCAUAGUUUUGUUGUUACCAACAAUGAUCAAUAGUUGUUUAUUUGCCACCACUUAAAGCACUCUCUUGGGUUUGAAUUCCGACAAAAUCAUAACUUACAGCAAUUUGAUGUUGUUCAAUAACACAGUUUCUACUUGGUCUUUUCAAACUCAAUAUAGCUCUACAGCUUAAAAAAACGUUUAUGGAGAAAUGAACUUGCAGUUGCUGAUAAACUUCCAUUAAUAAUAGCUGGAUGUUUUCAGUACAUCUUGUGACCUUAAAAACGAAAGAUUCCAUACUUAACUGCACCAGACCCUUAGCCCCAAGCAAUGCUUCUCUGAACACACAUUAAGAAUAUUUCUACUCAAAGUAUGUGUGGUGCAAUUAAUGAACUGGAAAUCCACUUUUAGGCCUGUGUGCUCUUCAUUUCAUAUCAAGAAGAGGUGUUAAUUAAUUAAUGGCCUUUGCUGCUGUCUUGAAGAUGCUUGGCAUUAUUUAACUGCAUGGUACAGCCAAUACCAAAUGUAAUUUACUGUGUGGUACAGCUGAUGAUGUAAAAAACAUCAGUCCUGCUUUUGUUGCACAACUAAAAUGUACUGAGGGCACAAUCAUUUAAAAAUGAGAGGUUUCCCUUAUGAAUAUUUCAAUAAUUCUAGUUAGGUUUGUGAUCAAAUUAGUCAAACUCAUCAAACAUUUUUUGUAGUUUUAUGAAUAUUAGGGCGCAAAGAAUAACAGAUUAUUAGAACAGA